GAAUCAUAACACAACUUUUAAAAAAUAUUCUAUCUCUAUGAUUUAGCAAUUUAUAAUCAUGAGAGACGUAUUUUUAUCAAAUUGUGAAAAGAAUUUUAUAAAUAAAAUUGUAGUUGAAGGACAUCGUUUAGAUGGUAGAACCUAUGAUGAAAGCAGAUCACUGAACAUAUCCUUUGGAUCGGAUUAUGGAAGCUGUAUGGUUUCAUUAGGAGAAACAAAAGUCCUAGCAAAUGUAUCCUGUGAAGUAGUACAACCAAAACAAAUAAGGCCAAAUGAAGGAACCAUAUACAUUAAUUUGGAGAUCAGUCCAAUGGCAGCCCCUCAGUUUGAGGCCAAUAGACAGACUGAGUUUUCUGUGUACCUCAACAGAUUACUAGAAAAAUGUUACAAAGACUCAAAGUGCGUUGACCUGGAGUCCUUGUGUAUUGUUGUUGAAGAAAAGGUCUGGUCCCUACGAGUAGACAUCAAGGUCCUAAAUCAUGACGGAAACAUAAUAGAAUGUGCAAGUAUAGCUACUAUAACUGCCCUGGCUCACUUCAGGCGGCCCGAUGUCACCCGCAGUGGAGACAGUGUCAUUAUACAUGACAUUUCUGAAAGAGAUCCCAUACCUACAGUAUUAUUCCAUUAUCCUGUAUGCACAACUUAUGCUAUAUUCAAUAAUGAUGUGCUACUAUCAGACCCCAAUUUUCUAGAAGAACAAGUAUGCACUAGCUUCUCAGACGAGUCUGACACUGCUGGAGGACUUUUAGUGAUUGGAGUAAACCAGUACAAAGAACCACAAGGCCAGUCAAGUCCUGAUUCUGAACACAAUAAUCAGCAAGCUAAUGGUAUACAACAGAACCACCAGACUCUGCAACAAGUACAACAGGAGCAAAACCAGGCUAUCCAGCAGCAACAGAACCAGCUGCAACAGCAGCUGCAGCAACAGAAUUUACAGCAAGCUCUGCAGCAACAUAAUCGUACAUUGCAACAAACUUUACAGCAACAACAACAAAGUCAACAGGAAACUUUGCAGCAAAUGUUACAACAGCAUCAACAGCAACAGCAGCAGCAACACCAGCAACAGCAACAACAGCAGCAGCAACAGCAGCAACAACAACAGCAACAAGCUUUACAGCAGAGCCUGCAACAGACUCUGCAAGUGAGUCAAGCACAAGCUCAAGCCAUUGUGCAAGCACAGGCAGCUUUGCAACAGCAAGUUGCACAAACUCUGCAGCAACAGCAACAGACUCUGCAUGAACAGUUGCAAGCUGUACAGCAACAACAAAUUCAAGCUGCAUUACAACGGCAAUCUGCCACCUUACAGGAAUUGCAGCAUCAGGCUCAACAGCAGGCGCUACUAGCUCAAGCUCAGGCCACUGUGAAACAGAAGAUGCCGAGGGCGAGGGCAUACAAUAAGCCGAGGGGUCGCAUGACAGCUUAUGCAUUCUUUGUACAAACCUGCCGUGAAGAACACAAGAAGAAACAUCCUGAUGAAAAUGUUGUCUUUGCUGCAUUCUCAAAGAAGUGCGCUGAGAGGUGGAAUACAAUGUCAGAGAAGGAGAAGCAACGGUUCCAUGAUAUGGCUGAGCAGGAUAAGAGACGAUUCGAUCUGGAGAUGCAGAACUACGUGCCACCUAAGGACAUGAAAGUGCGCGGACGCAAGCGGCAACAGAUGAAGGACCCCAACGCGCCCAAGAGAUCGCUAUCAGCUUUCUUCUGGUUCUGCAAUGACGAGCGUUCGAAGGUGAAGGCAAACAACCCGGAGUAUACAAUGGGUGAUAUUGCCAAGGAGUUGGGCAGACGCUGGGCCGCUGCCGAUCCCGAGACCAAGUCAAAAUACGAGAGUUUAUCGGAGCAGGACAAGGCGAGAUAUGAUAGGGAGAUGACGGCGUACAAGAAGGGUCCCCUGGCGCUGACGCAGCAGCAGGCGGCGGUGGUGCCGGACGUGGACGAGGACGGCGACUUCGACGCCGAGGAGGAGUACAAGUGAAGUCCUCCGCGCGCCGCGCUGAGAUCCUGGCCGACAGCACAGCCGUGGCAACAGUCCUCACACACCAAACUGUUCCUUGUGCACUAAAUUUUAAAGUUUACCUUAUAGCUACAGUCGACCCCUAACUUUUGCCUACAAUUUUAUAUACUCGGAUAUUUUUAUACAACGACUGGUCAUUUGUACAGAUAUUCGAUAGCGGACGACUGCUUUUCAUAUACCUAAUAAUAUACCCUCGUGGAGGUUUCUAUUUUUGUUUGGAAGGUUUUGCCUGGCAAACACGGGUUUGCUCAGUGAGAACUCUGAAAUUAUAAGUAUAAUUUGUUGUUGUUAGUCUAUGGUUAGUUUUCUGUUUCGACAUUGUUUUUGUUGUCGAAUAUUCUAAUUGUAGGUGCGAUCAUAAAGUGCAAUCGUCGCGGCCAUGCCGAGCGGCGGCGUGGCGGGCGAUGCUUCGUUGUGUAACCUGUGAAUUGUCUUUAGGAUCGGGUUUCAAGGGGCCUUAUAAUUUGAAUCAUGUAACAGCAAUAGUAAAUAUGUACGGAACAAAAUUAGGUUAAAUGAGUCCAUCGAAAGAAAAUUAAAAUUAAGUGGAUAGUAUUUGAAGUUAGAAAAUUUAGAUGUAAGUUUGAAGAGAGUGAGUGAGAUUCUGUUAUUCGUGAUGAGAAAAUGUAUAGUAAAUAAAUUAUAUUCCUUUAUUUACCUUAGAUUAUUUUAUGUUAUUCAUAUUUCUUUUACUUAUUAAGAUCUUGUUUAAAUUAAAAAGAUACUAUAAAGACAUUCGAUGCGUUGUUUUAUAGCCAUUUUUAUUUGAGUUUAUUAUAUUGAUCAGUAGAGAAUUGUAAAUUCUUGUUUGAUGAAAUUGUUUAGUCGCUGGAUAGUCUUUUUGUUUUACCAUUUUACAUAGUAACGUAUGUAUCGUGUGUACAAAGAACUGCAAGGACUGCUACCCGUGAUAGUACUUAAAUUUGUAGGUCCCAUUACCGUCUAUAGAGUAAAUGCUAGAUAUUCCUACCUUUGCUUAUUUGUAUUGUUAAAUGUGUCAUUUGACUGUUUUUAUUUUUUCAAAUGUUUGUUUUUGAUGACGUCUUACACGAUUAAGCAAUUAUUUAAGCAAUUCCACGAAAUUAGAACCGUGUCGUAUUAAAGUCUAGUGGAAAGGAAAAUGAGAAAAAUAUUUUAAGUCGUUCUUAGUGUAAUAGGGGCGAUAUUGUUUUGAAAUUGAUAAAUGCUCACUGUACAAAACAAUAUAGUGAAUCUUUUACACAAA